AAAAGCGGUAGAACUGGACUUCAAACAUCGUCCCGGUUAACUUUAACAACUAUUAAUAUUAAUUAAUUAGUUAGUUAGCCGGUAAUCGUUACUUUAACGAGCAUGCCUAAGCAUCACCAGCGGAGAGGAGGAAGAGGAGGAGGAGGAAGGAGAGGUUGUGUCAGGUGGAAACGGGGACCUCUAUGGAUAUCAUCAUCACCCUCCACCGGCUCGCAUCCUCAGCACCGACAGCAUCUCCCCGCCGGCGGUCACCGCUGCAGGCACACAGCGCCCUUUUUAUGCGCCAAGGCGUUGUAUUUCCACGUUAGAGACUGGGCUGCUUCUGUAAUUACCCUGACAAACCGUUUCCUCCUGUAAUAAGGACUAAUCGAGGGAAGACCCUGCUGGAAUAAAAGCGGAGCGUCAGUCUCCUCCAUUGAUAAACCGCUCUCUCUCGAUCCAGCCCAACGACGUCUUGGUAUAAGAGGAGGACAAAACCAAUCCAAAAAACUGUCUCAGAAGCUGAAGAUGAAGAAGAAAUGGCACAGGAGGAGCAAACUUCACCACAGCUCUGUUAAAAGACAGCAAAGCAGAAAACAGAGUUGGAUGAAUAGGCGUCGGGCGCGAUGGCUAAUGCCUCCCCAGACCUGGACAACGCGGAAGCCCAGCGCCAGCUCAACAACAACAACCGACCAAUCGGCUCGGGGUUCUGGGAGACGGAGUGUACCAGCUCCAAGCUGUUCGAGUGCUCCCGCAUCAAGGCCCUGGCAGAUGAACGAGAUGCGGUGCAGAAGAAGACUUUUACCAAGUGGGUUAACUCCCAUCUGGCCAGAGUGUCCUGUCGCAUAUCUGACCUCUACAACGACCUGAAGGAUGGAUACAUGCUUACCCGACUGCUGGAGGUCCUCAGUGGAGAGCUGCUGCCGAGGCCUACACGGGGUCGUAUGCGGAUCCAUUGCCUGGAGAAUGUUGACAAAGCUCUCCAGUUCCUUAAAGAACAAAGGGUUCACCUGGAAAACGUUGGUUCCCAUGACAUUGUGGAUGGAAACCACCGCCUUACACUGGGCCUUAUCUGGACCAUCAUCCUACGCUUUCAGAUCCAGGUGAUCAAAAUAGAGACAGAGGACAACCGAGAAACUCGCUCUGCCAAGGAUGCCCUGCUGCUCUGGUGCCAGAUGAAGACCGCAGGAUACUCUGAGGUCAACAUCCAGAAUUUCACCACCUGCUGGAGAGACGGCCUCGCCUUCAACGCCCUCAUACAUAGACACAGACCUGACCUGAUAGAGUUCCACAAGUUGACGCGGUCCAAUGCAACCCACAAUCUCCAGCAAGCCUUCAACAUCGCUGAGCAGCACCUGGGCCUUACCAAACUCCUGGAUCCUGAAGAUGUGAAUACAGAGAACCCAGACGAAAAGUCCAUCAUCACGUAUGUGGUCUCCUACUACCACUACUUCUCCAAGAUGAAGGCUCUUAUUGUGGAGGGCAAGAGGGUUGGCAAGGUACUAGACAAUUGUAUUGAGGCAGAGAAGAUCAUCAACCGGUAUGAGGCUCUGGCGUCAGACCUGUUGGACUGGAUAGAAAAGACCAUCGCGGUCAUCAGCAACCAGAAGUUUGCCAACUCACUGACCGGAGUUCAGCAGCAGCUACAGGCCUUCACAACCUACUGCACCAUAGAGAAGCCCAUCAAGUUCCAGGAGAAGGGGAAUCUUGAGGUCCUUCUCUUCACCAUCCAAAGCAAACUCAGAGCCAACAACCAGAAACCCUAUGUGCCUAAUGAUGGGAAGCUCAUCUCAGACAUCAACAAGGCCUGGGAGAGGCUGGAAAAGGCGGAACAUGAGAGGGGCGUGGCUCUGCGCAAGGAGCUGAUUCGUCAGGAGAAGCUGGAACUGCUGGCUCAGUGCUUUGACCACAAAACCACCAUGAGACAAGCCUGGCUCAAUGAGAACCAGAGACUUGUAUCGCAGGACAAUUUUGGUUAUGACCUACCAGCAGUGGAGGCAGCAAUGAAGAAACACGAGGCCAUCGAGGCAGACAUAGCCUCGUAUGAAGAGCGAAUUGGCGUGGUGGUGGAACUUGCCUCAGAGAUGGAGGCAGAAGGAUACUACGACAUCCGGCGUAUCUCGGCACGAAAGGAGAACAUCCUGGGUCAGUGGAGUCUGCUGAAGGAGCUGGUGGCUGGGAGGAGGACGCGGCUGGAGAAGAACCUCGCCCUGCAGAAGACUUUUCAGGACAUGGUCUACAUGAUUGACUGGAUGGAGGAUACACAGGUCCAGCUGCUGUCGAAGGACUUUGGGAAGCAUCUUCUGGAGGUGGAUGACCUGCUGCAGAAACACAGCCUGCAGGAAGCCGACAUUGCAGUGCAGGCUGAGAGGGUCGAGACACUCAACACCGCUGCACUCAAGUUCACCACUAUAGAGGGUUACCAACCAUGUGACCCACAGGUGAUUUGUAACCGUGUCAACCAUGUCUCUUCCUGUCUGGAAGAGCUGAAACAACUGGCAGCUAAAAGACACGCUGAGCUGGAGGAGUCGAGACAACUUUGGGCCUUCUUUCAGGAGCUGGAAGAGUCAGAGGCCUGGAUCAGGGAGAAGAGCUCCAUCCUGGGAGCUCAGGGGUAUGGGAAGGACCUAAGCAGUGUGCUAAAGUUACUACAAAAACACAAGACUCUGGCUGGAGAACUGCUGGCUCACCGGUCACUGCUGCAGAACACCAUGAAGCGAGGAAAGCAGAUCCUGAGUGAGAAGAGCUUUGGCACGGCAGGAAUCCAGGAGCGCAUCAUGGAGGUGAAGGGUGAGUGGAAGAGGCUGGAGGACCAGGCUGCGCAGCGUCUUGGUCACCUGCAGGAGGCGCUAAACUUUUUUCAGUUCUCCACGGAGACGGACGACUUAGUGGCCUGGCUGCAGGACGCUUACCGCCUCGUCUCCAGCGAAGACUUUGGACAUGAUGAGUACUCCACCCAGUCCCUGCUGAAGAAACACAGAGGGGUCAGCGAGGCCAUUGACAAACAUCGUGUGCAUGUAGUGGCACUGUGCAAACACAUGGUAGCACUGCCUCUGCGGUACCGUGAACAGGAGGAGGUGCAGAUGCGUAUGGGAGAGGUGGAGCAGCUGUAUACUGAGGUGGUUGAGGUGGCGGUGCUCAGACAGCAGUGGCUUCACGACGCCCUCGCCGUCUACCGCAUGUUCAGCGAGGUCAAUGCCUGCGAGCUGUGGAUUGAUGAGAAAGAGCAAUGGCUGGACAAGAUGGAGAUCCCAGAGAGACUGGAGGAUGUGGAGGUGGUGGCACACAGGUUUGAGAGCCUGGACCAGGAGAUGAACAGCCUGAUGGGAAGGAUCCUGGAUGUUAAUCAAAUAGUUCAGCAGCUCUUGGAUGGAGGUCAUCCAUCUUCUACAGAGGUCAGAGGUUGUCAGGACCACCUCAACUCCAGGUGGAACAGCAUUGUGGAGCUGGUUGAGCAGAAGAAAGAUCAGCUGGACUCGAUGUUACGCCUGCAGAACUACCUGCUGGAGUGUGCUGAGAUCAAGUCCCAGAUCCAGGACAAGAGAAAAGCCAUCGACGCCACUCAGUACAUGGGCAGUGACCUGGGAGGAGUCCUGUCUCUGCAGAGACGCCUCUCCACCAUGGAGGGAGCCCUCUCUGUCCUGGAGCCAAAACUACUGCAUUUACAGGAAGAGGCGGAGCAUCUGGCCACCGGCCACCCAGGUCGGGCCAUGGAGGUUCUUGUGCCGUUCGAUGGCAUCAGUGUGGAGUGGGAGGAGCUGAAACGCACCCUGCAGGGCUGUGAGGACUCGCUGAUGGUGGCUAGCAGGCUGCAGAGCUUCAUACAGGACCUGGACUCGUUCCUCACCUGGUUGGUCCAGACGCAGACGUCCGCUGCCUCAGACCAGCUGCCCAACGACCUGGAGGAGGCCGAGAAACUCAUCAACAAACAUGCUGCCCUGAAGGAGGAGAUUGGACGGUAUGAAGAGGACUACGAGCGCCUCCAGGCUAUGAACGAGCUACUUGAGUCUGAGGAGGCUCCUCUCCCUCAGGCUGCCCUGCAGCAGUGGCUCCAGAAGCUCGAUGUCGGCUGGAACAAACUGCUGGAGAUGUGGGAGAGCAGGAGAGAGGUUCUGGUCCAGGCUCACAUUUUCCAUCUGUUCCUGCGAGAUGUCAAACAGGCCGAGUCUUUCCUCAACAACCAGGAGUCGGCCCUCGCUCACGUGGAGCUGCCCACCACGGUGGAAACAGUUGAAGCUGCCAUAAAGAAACACAAGGACUUCACCACCACCAUGGAGCUGAACCUGCACAGGAUCAAAGCUGUGAUCGAGGCUGGAGAGAGUCUGAUCAGCCAGAGUAACAUCUACUCUGAACGCAUCAGGGAACGCAUCGACACCCUCGCCAACAGGGGAAACCAGAACCGAGAGCUGGCCCAGCAGUGGCUGGAAAAACUGAACGACCAGUGGGGACUUCAGAGGUUUCUUCAGGACUGUCAUGAGCUGGGGGACUGGGUGUGUGAGAAGAUGCUGAUGGCGAGGGACAGCAGCCGAGACGAGACCCAGAAGCUUCAUAAGAAAUGGCUGAAGCACCAGGCCUUUAUGGCCGAGUUGGCCCAGAAUAAGGAAUGGCUGGACAAAAUUGAAAAGGAGGGCCAGCAGCUGAUCCAGGAGAAGCCGGAGCUCAGCCCAGUGGUCCGGAAGAAGUUGGAGCAAAUCAGGGAAUGCUGGCAGGAUCUGGAGAGCACCACCCAGGCCAAAGCCCGCCAGCUCUUUGAGGCCAACAAGGCUGACCUGCUGGUGCAGAGCUACGAAAGCCUGGACCAGAGACUGGGCCAGCUGGAGGGUCAACUGGUUUACGUGGACCAGGGACAGGACCUCACCACUGUCAACAAGCAGCUGAAAAAACUACACACCAUGGAGACCCAGAUGGAGGAGUGGUAUAAGGAGGUGGGGCAGCUCCAGGUGCAGGUGGCCUCCAUCCCGCAGCAGACGCAGAUCAAAGAGACGGUUGCCGAGCGUCAGGCCGUCGUGGAGGCCAGGAUGGUGCGUCUGAUCGAGCCGCUGAAGGAGCGACGACGCAUCCUGCUGGCGUCCAAGGAAGUUCACCAAGUCGGACGAGACCUGGAGGAUGAGAUUUUGUGGAUCCAGGAGCGCCUCCCGAUGGCCAUGUCUCAGGAGCACGGCUCCACUCUGCAGGCAGUCCAGCAGCUCAUGAAGAAGAACCAGACACUUCAGAGGGAGCUGCAGGGCCACAGGAGCAGGAUCGAGGACGUCCUGGAGAGGGCGGGGAUCAUCGCUUCCAUACGCAGCCCAGAGGCCGACUGCGCCAGGGCGGGCCACGACCAGCUGGCCCAACUGUGGGCUCUGCUCUGGGCCGAGACCGAGAGGAGGCAGCUGGUCCUGGACGCCAUGUACCAAGCCCAGCAGUACUACUUUGACACGGCAGAGGUGGAAGCCUGGCUGAGCGAGCAAGAGCUGCACAUGAUGAACGAAGAGAAGGGGAAGGACGAGCCAAGCACACUGCAGCUGCUGAAGAAACACUUGGUCCUGGAACAGACCAUCGAGGACUACGCUGAGACCAUCGGACUGUUGUCACAGCAAUGUAGACAGCUGCUGGAGAUGGGGCAUCCAGACUGCGAGCAGAUCAGCAAGCGUCAGUCGCAGAUCGACCGUCUGUACGUGUCUCUGAAGGACCUGGUGGAGGAGAGGAAGAGCCGUCUGGAGCAGCAGUACUGGCUCUACCAGCUCAACAGGGAGGUGGAUGAGCUGGAGCAGUGGAUCGCUCAGAGGGAGGUGGUAGCCAGCUCGCCCGAACUGGGUCAAGACUUUGAGCAUGUCACUGUCCUGCAGGAGAAGUUUACAGAGUUUGCAUCGGAGACAGGCAGUGUGGGGCAGGAGCGAGUGACGGCCGUCAACCAGAUGGUGGACGAGCUCAUCGACUACGGCCACUCAGAGGCCGCCACCAUCGCUGAAUGGAAGGAUGGAGUGAACGAGGCCUGGGCUGACCUGCUGGAGCUCAUGGAGACCCGGGCACAGAUGCUCGCCGCCUCACACCAGCUGCACAAGUUCUUCUCUGACUGCAGAGAGGUUUUGGCCCAGAUUGAGGACAAACAUCGAAGGCUUCCGGAAGUUCGGGCUCGACAGGGCAGCACUGCCAACACCAGCACCCUGCAGAGACUCCUGCACAGCUUCGAACAGGACAUACAGCUGCUGGUCACGCAGGUGCGUCAGCUGCAGGAGAGUGCGGCCCAGCUGAGGACGGUGUAUGCCGGCGAGAAGGCUGAAGCCAUCGCAUGCCGCGAGCACGAAGUGAUGCAGUACUGGAAAGAGCUGCUGACGUCCUGCGAAGAGUGUCGAGUACAGAUUACCACUGAGACGGACAAGCUGAGGUUCUUUGGCAUGGUCCGAGAUCAGAUCAUGUGGAUGGACUCGAUCAUCUGUCAGAUAGGGACAGGAGAGAAGCCCAGGGACGUGUCCUCAGUAGAGGUGCUGAUGAAUUAUCACCAGAGUCUGAAGAGCGAAGUGGAGGCUCGUAGCCGGAGCACUCUGGAGUGUAUCGAGAUGGGCAAAACCCUGCUGGCUGCUAGAAACCCAGCAGCUGAAGAGAUUAAGGAGAAGCUGGACAAGGUGGUUGCUAAGCAACAUGAGCUGUCUGAGAAGUGGGACAAGCACUGGGAAUUCCUACAGCAAUUGUUGGAGGUUCACCAGUUUGCCCAGGAGGCGGUAGUGGCGGAGGCAUGGUUGACCGCUCAGGAGCCGUUCAUCAACAGCAAGGAGCUGGGUGGGAGUGUAGACGAGGUGGAGCAGCUGAUUCGUCGACAUGAAGCCUUCCGCAAAGCCGCCGCCACCUGGGAAGAGCGAUUCAGCUCACUGCGACGACUCACCACGGUAGAAAAGUUGAAAGCAGAGCAAAGCAAACUACCCCCGACCCCUCUGCUGGGUCGUAAAGUCUUCCUGGACCCCCAAGAUGCCUCACACAGUCCAUCCAUCCUCCCCUGCCUCCCGAUCUCCCCGGUCACAAGACAGACCAUCUAUGAACAGAACGAAGCCAGCUCUCCUCCCUCGCCCUCACCUGCGACGCCUACACCCUCUCCUUCAUCUGUGGCUUGUCGGCUGGGGUCAACAGUCGCUAACUACACCCCUGUGAUGAAUGGCUCCAGCUACCGCCACACCCUGGAGGCACAACGCGGCGGCGUAGUGGGUGUGGCUGCAGGACUGGGCCAGCCCGCACCUUCCUCGAUCGCCUCAGUUGCCACGGCGGCCAUGCUAGUCUCAGCCAACCAGGUGCGAGAGAGCGCCAGCGCAGCAAAAGACCAUGCGACAAAGGCAAUGAGUCACCUCCAGCCACCACAGGCAGCUAGGGCACUAGAGGUGAAAUCGUCCCCGUAUCUACGGCAACCCAAAAUCAAACACUUGGAUGAUGCGGUGACACCGCUGCUUGUGGCCAGCCGGCUGGAGAAAGCGAGGGAGAGGGGGAGGGAGAGAGAGAUGAUGAUGGGAGAGAUAGGGAUGGAAAGAGCGGAGGUGGCUGUGAUGGCCGAGGUGGUGCUCCAGGAGCCGAGCCGGGAGCGUCUGCACAGCGAGCCCACCAGAGGGCCUCGGGGAUCCAGGACUGACCCGUUAGGUCACGCUGAGCCCCAGGUCCAGACCCACACCUACCACAGGAUAGAACGGCAGCUGUCCAGCGAGCAGCUGAUCCAGGCACGCAGGGACGAGCUGCCUCAGGAGGUGUGGAGGGAACAUGCUGAGAGGCGGGAGAAACGGACGCUGGAGAGACAAACAUCCAGCGAGCAGGAGGGCCACGGGGGCCACGAAGGCCGGCGGAGAGAGAGGGAUCGACACCGACUGGAGAGACAGGAAUCCAGUGAGCAUGACACCGGGAAGGAGCACUCAGACAGACGCUCAGGAGGAGGAGAAAAGAGAUCCACCAUGGCAGAAAUUGUAGAGCAGCUGCAAGAAAGAGAAGCAGCACAGGCCCGUGGUGAGGUUCCCCGCCUGCCUAACGGGGUACCAGAGAAGUCUUCCCGUCCCGACCGGCCUCGAGCUCGGGACAGACCCAAACCACGGCGCCGACCACGACCCAAAGAGGCAGGAGAGACGACGCGGCGGUCAAGGUCCGCUCCGGCCCAGAGCAGCCCGGCAGUCCCCCAGCCGCCAACACACACCGCACACCAUGAGGGCUUCCUUUUCCGCAAGCUGGACAUCGAGAUCCUGAAGAAGAGCACCAAUAGCAGGUCAUGGGUCAACCUGUACUGCGUGCUGAACAAAGGGGAGAUGGGUUUCUACAAGGACGCCAAGAACACCACCACACCCUACAACAACGAGCCGCUGCUCAACCUCUCCCACUGCCACUGCGACGUCACCAAUGGCUACAAGAAGAAGAAGAACGUCUUCACGCUCAAAACGAAGGACGGCAGUGAGUUUUUGUUUCAUGCAAAAGAUGAGGAGGACCUCAAAGUGUGGGUAACCAACAUCACCGCCAGUAUUUCGGAGCACGAGGAGAUUGCCAAAUGGGGUCAGCCCCAACCAACUACCUCAUCCACCGACGAGGGCACGCGCCGCGAUGGCAGCAAGGCGGACAACAGGUCAGAGCGCGGCGGCGAGCGCUCCGACCGGGCCGAGCGGAUUGAGCGGGCAGAAAAAGAAAGGGAAAAGGAGAAGGAGAGAGGCGAACGGUCGGAGAGGUCAGAUCGGGGCGGGAAAUCGGAAGCGAAGCGCUCGGAAAAGUCUGGUAAGAAAAAGUGAGCCGGGUAACGGAUUGGAUUGAAGCGAAUGAACUCCGGAUAGGAGGCGGGGCCGUAGACUGGUAGUGAACGCCCCCCUCCGUCUCUCCGCCUCCAACACUGUCAACAAAGUGGUUGUGUUUGGAUGGAAAGUGACACACAGGACAGAAGGAUUGACCCCAGACUCACUUAUAGGACGGACGGGACAGAUUUGGAGCAGGAGUCAUCUUUCUCAAUCUCUCCCUCUCUUCUUCUGUGUCUCUGAGAGAACACACAGAGUCACUGAUGCCUCGCCGACGCCCUCUGGUGGCUAUUUCAGAGAACUAUAGAGAGAGUUUCGUGCUGCUGAAACCCGCGCAGCGUUCACGUGAGAGAGAGAGACAGGACACGCAUCAUGUUAACUCAAAGGCUGUUACUGAUUGCUGGUAGUGCGAUGAAACGUAGCUCAUUCUGUUCCAUGUUUGUUUUUUCUAUGAGAUGAGCUGUAUCUGUAUGUAUUUCUCGUCUGUCUGUCCUAUCUACUGUAUCUAUCUGUCUGUAAGUCGAGACAUCCUACACUAUGUCUUAUCAAUACUCGGAAAUCGAAAGAGAAUAAAAUUAUGCCAAAAUGUUUUACAGACAUACAAACUUAGAAAAACUUUUUGUUAACUGGUUUCACCACUUUGUCCGAUCUGUCUCGAGGUCUGGCCAUGAGAAAAUGUGGAAUUUAAACUGGUUUUACUUUGAUACCAAACAGCACUGAAACCACAUUCAUCCAAACGCACCAUGAUUGAAUCAACACUGAAAAACAGCUACAGUACUGUGCUGAUUCUGGGAAGGUGAAAAGAUGAUGAUUUAAGACAAGAGAAGAGUAGAUGGCCGACCAGGGUGAUGGUCUUCAAAACAAUCAGGAAUGCAAAAAACAAGAGGAAAGCAGAAAUGUUUAAUCACUGCUCAGAAAGUCAGAGAAAUACAUCCAAAGGCUUGAAAUCUUGACUUUUAAGAAAGAUCACAACCCCGAAAAUUGCUUGAAAUCUUCUUACAUUUAAUGUCUAAAUCUGCCCACGAAGAGCAAACAGAGCAGCUUCUCUUCGUUUAUACAUGAUUUAUUUAGGAUUAGAUCUUGUGAAGAUUUCUGCAAGACAGAUGGGUCACAGGGUGUUAAACCUGUGACAUAAAGAUUACAGGACAGUUUGGUCACUGCAGCCACUUGGGCUCCCAAGUCUAAUUUAUAAAACAAAAAACCAACAUAUGUACAGUUCUUGGAUCAGUGAUCAGAAAGAGAUAAAAACUAGACUUAAUCUGAUGGUAGAUUCUGGUUCCCAGGGGCCUCAUUUGUUAACAUGUUUAAGUUGACUUUAUUUAAUGUUAAAUGUCCUUAAAUUACAUGUUUGGUUUUGGUCAUAAGCACAAAAUCUGCGCCUGGCAUGUUUUUAAUGAAUGAGGCCCUCGGGCUGAAAACGGGCCUCAUCUACUCUUUUAUUCUUUGACAACAUCAAACUACUCGUUGGAUAUUCUCUUUGAUUUAUUCACACAAACACUGUUGCAUCCUUUUUUCUAUACAGAAUUCAAAAUAUCUUGUUUUUGUGUGCGUGUGUGUGUGUGCGUGUGCUGCUGCUCUCCGCUCCCAGGGUCUCCAUAGCUCUCAGGUUAUUUAUGUUAGUGUGUGCUUACGGUGUGCUUCACGUGUUAAUAUGUUUGUCCCCUCAGACGACACCUCAGUCUUCCAGACACUUCCGAUCCACAACACACACACACACACACACAGAAGAUUAUAACUCAGCAGGUUUACAAUGUCAAUGGUUAUAAACAUGUUACAGAGUUUAAAAGGUCAUCGGACUGUCCAGAUCAACAUCCCAUCAGUGUAGAAUAAGACAGGAAUGAAUGAAUUUAUAAAUGGAUGAAUAAGUGAAUGAACUGACACACCGUUGAGAGCCAGGAUAUCAGACUGACCAAAUAUUUAGAAAAAGGGGUUAAACUGUCUGUAAGUUGUGAGAUUGCAUGUUUUGCUUGGAGAGAAAUCACUCGUCAAAAGAAGCUUGUCUUUGCAGCCCGCUGACACGGCAUCCUCACAUCAGUUUAUGUUAAAUUUCCUAUAAACUCACCACAAAGCCAUAAACGACAGGGAAACAAGGACAAAGAAAAGGAAGGCAAGAAUUGUCAAAAGUCUAAUAAACUUGUAAAUGCAUCUGGGGAAUUUUGGGAAGGAAAGUUACUUUCCUGCCUUGGUAGGAGGAGCAUCCUGGUCAGAUAUGGGUCAGAUAGCAUUUAAAAUCCUUUCAGGUAGGAAUGCUGUUUCAAUAUCACUGCUACUGUAUGAAAACCUUGUUCAUUUCAGUUCUGGUGUUUUUGAUUCUUUCAGUUAAAGUCCAACUGAAGUUGCUGCAACAUAUUUUCUCUGUAAAUCACAUGUCCUGUGUUCUCCUUUGAAAAAAAAAAAAAUCUGAAACCAAAAAGGAGAAAUUUAUAUUUUUUUGGUUAGUCAAAACUCACACUGAUCAACAGCAAGACAGCAGCCUGCUACACACUACAACAGCCACCGACUUUGAACAACAAUCUAGUUCCCGUUCAGGACUGUCUCAUCCACUGCAUGGGAGACAGUCCUGGAAGGCUGCAUAGAAAAGCUCAGGGAAGCGGCUGUGUGCUGCUCUAUAACGGAGGUGGGGACGUUAACCAGAAGUACAUUUACCAAACCAUCUAGUUAGUCUUCAUCCUUGAAGUCUUUUCUCUUGUAAAACCGAAAAAUACUUUUUGAAAACACUUCCGAUAAAGCAUAAAUCUUAGUUUUGUAUUGCUUGUUCCAAGCAUGUUUUCUAGUGUGGCAUCUUCUUUGCCUCAUUGUGGUAAUGGGUUUUUCAGUUUUACAAGAGAAAAGACUUCAAGGAUGAAGACUAACUGGUUGAUUUGGUAAAUGUACUUCUGGUUAACUUCCCCACCUCCGUUAUAGAGCAGCACAUAGUCGCUUCCCUGAGCUUUUCUCUGGGGCCUUCCAGGAUUGUCUCCCAUGCCGUGGAUGAGACAGUCCCGAGCGGGGCUAUUGUGGUUCUCUGAAAUACCACCGCUAACAAAACGCUGUCAGCCCAUGGCUUAUAAGGUGCAGCGCACGUUUGUAUACUUUGUCUGACGUUUUCCUGCUGCCUGUACAGGAGCUAAGCCUGCCAGCGGCUGUCAAUCAAACCCAGACACGCCCCUCCAGCUGCUGAGACGAAAAGGAGCAUUUCUGACCUUUUUUCUGUCUUUUAAUUAAAAAAAAACUAUUGACAAUAAAUAAUUUAAAAAACAAUACUGACAUCAUUUUUGACUGCAAAAAGGGAUGACUAAAUGUGAUUUCAGUUGGACUUUAAACGUAAAAGUUUACAUCUUCCUCUAUGAGCAGGUAAUUUCCAUGGCUGAAGAGCUCAAGAAUCCCAUUCAGAAUUUGUUUUAUAUUUUCAGAAGUCUAUAUUUGCCAGGUUAAUAAUUUUCUCUCGUUUCUUAAAAGUGUAAUAUUGAGGUUAUUAUUAUACCUGGCUGUUCCUGGGUUUUUAGAUUGUACCUCAUUCACUUAAGGAUUUUAAAUUCUGUCCUGACCUGUUGGUCUGUUUGUGUUAAUCAUAAAACAUGUCUUGAGAACUGUAACUUUCUUUAAUCUUGUUUUAUUUCAACACACUUUAUGCAUCUAAAUUAGGUGUGAAUGCCAGAUCAAUGCAAUCAUUUACAUGCAUGUUGGACACAAACAGAGUUAAAAGAGGUGAAUUUUGAAUGAGCAAAUCUUCCACGUGUAUAGUGACACAGUACAGUCCUCUGCUGUCGGAUUAUGAAUCUAACAGCAUAAUAAACUGACACACUUUGUUGCUGUAGAUGCACACAGGAAAAAACAUGCAGGGUACAGCUAACUCGCUAACAGAUAACAUUACAAAGUAUGUUAUUUGAACCUUUUUACACUGUUGACAGCAGAAACAACCAGAUAUGUGAAAGUCAGCAUGGUUAACAUUAUGACAGACUGACUGAAGUACAAAAAUCUAAACAUUAAUGGUUUGGGUGAGCUCGUAGGUACCCUGCCUGUCUGUGUGUGUCUGUGCUGUUCUGUUCACAUCAACCUCAGUCUGUUGGCCGAGAUGAAAUGAUGAAUAAAAUACCUUUUGGUUUAUCAUUAAUGUA